CGCCACUGAAAAAAAAAUGCUCGUCGAGACGGUGUCAGAUGCACACGUGCACUUCCAUUAUUCCGCCAGGAGGUUCAGGGACGUGCUACUGGCCAACAUAUUGGCGAGCCAAAACAAAAAAGAUCAGGUAAACAGUGAAGGAAAAGCGGACAAAGCCGGAAUCCAAGAAGGAUGUCUCAUCAACACUAUAAAUUCGGCACCCGUCGAUCAUCUCACUUCUAGCGAAGCUCAAGCUCUCGUCAGAAAUUCUAGUAGUACCUUGGCACUUGGAAUUAAUAGACAGACAAAAUCUCAUGAUGCUGUGCAGAAUGACCAGCACCGAAAAGUCGAAGUCAAAGCUACCGUCGACAAGAACAAACCGGUUAACGAGACAGAAGGACAGACUGGUAAUAAAAAAGGUAAAAAAGUUCGGAAACGUAGGAGAAAAAAGAAACCCGCGAAUCGAAUCAAUAGUCCAGAAGACGGUCAACAAUCGAAUGCGGGACCAGUUAAGAUUGUCGAGCAAGUUACCAAGAGUCUUCCCAAAAUAGAAAUCGUUUCCGCGUCUUCGGAUCUACGAGUGGACGAACUAGAAUGGAUCAAGAACAACGAGGCGCUUCUAAUAUCCGAACUAGAAACUCGUCGACAAGCUGGUUCGCCUAUUCAGGUGUUGGUCAGAGUGGAGAAAAUCACACCGUCUCGGCCGGAGUACUGUCAGAUCUUGCCGGACUGCUGUCAUUUGGACGUGAUCAAUGAAGAGACCAGCGCCAGUGCUAGCGACGAAGACCCCAAACGAGAACGCCCGACAAUGCCCGAAGGACCGUCUUCAAAUGGAAUCGACCCUGUCGAAAUGGUAGAAAACAAAAACGGUGACUCGGUUCAGGUUGAUUCGAUAUCAGAAAGCGUUUGUCGGUCCGUCGGUGAACCAGAGACGAAGCUCGAAUCUCCUUCGUUGGUUAGAAAAUCCCAAGAGCUUAGGUACGCCGAAUCGCAGGUUCCUACUAAAAACGACGACGCUACCUUUGUAGAACAAAUCGACUCGGACGAUGAUGUCACGGUAAAAGAAAUGGACUGCGUCAAACGAGAAAGCACCGCUGUUAAUUGUUCUUCUUGGACGGUUACCACGAAAUCCGAAAACUACGCCAACGGUUUUAUGAAAUUAAACGACAUUUUACAAGACGACAACGUCGUUCUUGACAAGUUUGAUGAAUACGAUAGCUAUAACGAGGAACAACAGCGUUUGAUAACCGACAUGUUUCCAAUAAUGGAAUCGCAGAGUGAAGAACAGGACUACAAAGAGGUGGGUGUCCGAGAUGUUGCGGCGGUAGUGAACGGACGCCUUACGGCCGCACAUCCUCGAGGCAAGGAAUUCCUUGAGACUGUUGGCCACGACGGCUACGGAGCUCACGAUAGACACCGUUUGGGACCGUACCAAUACUCGUCGGACGACAGCACCGUGAAAGACUACGAGGUACGCGCGCGCGUCAAGCACCACGCGAGAACUGACCGCGGACGACGGCAAAUUGACGUCCGGUCGGUGUACGAAAAGCUGAGAGCCGUUGCUCGGCUCAUUCGGGACGACACGGACGACUACGAAGACACAACGUCUUACAGGACGGUGUCCGGCGGCCCGUCCGACCUUGACACUGACAGCGAUUGGUUGAGUUACACGUUGUCCGACGAAGGUGAGUCGUCCAGAUCGUUGUGUCUGUCCCCGAGCCAACAAAGCCGCGCGCCAUCCACCGCCUCGGAGGCGUCCGAUAUCAUUGAGCUGCACAAGAAGUUUUCGGACCGGGCGAAAAUCCCGAACCCGUGUCGCUCGACCACGGUUGACGACCUCGUGGAAAUCCUCGGAUACGGCCCGCCACCGUCGUCCCCGACGUGCCCGACGUACAGCGCUGAAGUUAUAGACGAAGCGUGCCGGAUGUGCGGCACCAGCGACGAGCCUUUGUCGGACGCUCACCGUUUGGUGUCGCUGCGUAAAUACCAAGAGACCAGAUCUAGCAGAUUAUUGAAUGUGAUCCAACAGGAGUGCCGGCGAUCCGAUCGAUCGGCGUCUACAGUCGCUAUCGAUCGGCCGCCAACGAUGACGGAUAGCAAUAAUAAUAAUAAUAAUGAUAAUUGUACGUUUAUCGACACGCUGUCGGUGCCGGACAAUCAGACUCGGGAGCUCAUGUACGCCGAGUACAUGGAGAAGGUGAAGGAGAGAGAGCGUCGGCUUAACAAUAAAGUGAUAAGGAUAACGAGACCAGGCCGGCCGCUGUCGUCGUCUUACGGUACCCAACUGGACGUGGACGCCGAGUUCGUGGCCAAGGCCAGAGAGAGAUUGGAAAAAUUGGGCGUGGACACGACCGAUAUGGAAUUCGUGGAGCCCAAACACGAUCAAAACGGUUAUCCCAGACACCUGAUGGACAUCGUGCCCGAAGACGAGGUUUGCAUCGAAGAAGUGCGAAUGAGCGGUGUUUGGUCACCGGAGGUAAAACACAGGACGUUAAACUUGGAGAACGCUGUCAGUAGGAAAACUGAGAAAAAACCACCGACCCCGUCGUCGGAACUUCCACCCGUAUGGACGCCCAACUCGAGUCCGACGCCCGAGAGAAAAGCUUACAAGCCGGUCCGGUUUGAAUCGCCGACAUUAUCCAGAAAACAGAUUAACGGGGACACUCAAAAGGUAGGCCCAAAAAAACCGUCAGAUUUGCAUGUACUGAGUUCACCGUAUCCACCUGCGCCGCCUCUAUUGUCGCAAAAUUCACAAGGCGAUGAUAACGCUCAUCGAGGCACGGAGAGGAGGCUGCCGCGCGUUCAAAGCCCCACCAUAACGCUCCUGCAAAAAGCCAGAGAAGGACAGCUGCCACGGGGUUCAGCGUACCUCGAUCCAGAAGAGUCGAACAUGAAUAAAGAAAACAAAAAUAAAGGCUCGUCUGGAAAACGUAAUGUCGAUACUAAAACAAUAAACUUCACCGCAAGGCGCGAUUAUGCUAGCGGGUCAGAAGAAAAGAAACAAAGAAAGAUGCUCGAGACCAGCCCAAAAAAAUACGACGGCAUAGGUCCAACGACUAAGGAAGGUGUACCUAUCGUCUUAAGAUCGGAAGUUAAAGAACCUGAUCAACAGAAGUGGUACAAACAAAUGUACGAAUCGCUACACAAAUUCCAAACUGAUGAUGACGGUGUAACGGUUCGAUACAGAACUAUAACUCGAGAGCCAAAAUCUAGGAACACUAAUGGAUACUUGUCAGAACCAGAAAGAGGCUAUGAAUCGUACGAUGAUGAAUACUCGAGAUUAUCGCCAGUGAAAAGUGGCCAAGACCGGUACAAAAAUCAGCCAAGACCAAUUGAAAACUAUGAACCAGGACAUUCUUCGAUUGCAGAGAAAGAAACCAGACAAUGGUGGGAUGAGGCGAUAAAUGCAUUUGACGAACACGUUGAACAAAAAAUACCACUGCCUCAUAAUCGAUCGUCCUCCAAAAAAUCAAAUUUAGCUCAAGCGUUAAAAGAAUCGGGAUACGAUAGUGACUCUACAUUAGUAUUUAGGAGAGGAGAAAAUCAACCUCAGUGUCUAUCACCAACUGAACAAAAAACCGCUUACAAGAUGAUUCAAAAUGGUGGUGAAGUACCAUUUCAAGGAUUGCGAAAAGCUGCUCCAGAACGACCAAAAGAUUUGGAGAUGGAUUAUUUACCAAUCACAUCGCAUCUGACACGAAUUCAUGUAACGAAAUAUGAUGAUCAAGUAUUCCACCAUCCUUGGAAGGAAGUGACUUGCUACCCAGUAUUUUCUACUUUUAAAAGAACAGCUAAAUCGUCAGCAAGUUCUUCAGGUUCACCUCCAACUCCUCCUCGUCGUGACUCAUCACGAAAAAAUUCAAGACUGGAACGAUGGAGCAAGGGAGCUGAUGUAGAAUCUAACGUUGAAGUCAAAGUACUUAAACCGAAAUCAGAAAAUGAAAAGAGGUCGAAAAGUUUGAGUUUAAAGAGUAGUACAAAAUUAUGUAAAAGUGAUUCAAAAAAGGAAAAAGAAAAAACUCUCAAAGUUACUGUUGCCGUAUCCACCAAAGGAAGAGAGUUAAAGAGAUCUGCUACAUCAUCAACAAACUCUUCAGAAUCAUCAAUUCCUAAAAGAACUAAAUCUUUGUCAAUACCGUCAAAAAUCUCUGUGACUUCAAAAAGUUCUCAAAAAAUAAUUUCAAAAGAAAAGAUUCCAAAAACUACAUUAGUAAAAUCCAAUAGUAGUAAAAAAGUUAUUAAAAAAUCCGAUGACAAGGCUACAAUUAAACCCAGUUUAAGUAAUAGUAAAAAAUUAGAAUCAAAAGAACCAGACAGUCAAUUUGGAGAGGAAUUCUUUCAGCAAUUACUCAUUAGUAAAGAGACAAAUGACCAAAAGUCGCCAGCAUCUCAGUUAAAAAAGAAAGAUACCGUCUCGGUUUUAAAGCGCAGAGAAAGCAAAUUAGAUGUGUAUUUGACGAGCAAAAAACCAGUUUCUCAAUCAAGAUUUAAGUCGUAUGACAAAUUCAGUUCAGACGCGUCGGAAUGGGAACAACUAAGCGAGGACGCCAGUAAUUAUUUGAAGGGAAGAAGUGCCAGUGAGCCUCCAUCUAGAUCUCCAUCGUCACGUCGCAUCAGAAGUUUUCAUACUCCUGUAAAAUUGAUCGAGAGUGUCACGGGUGUCCGAAGAUGUCGCCGCUCUAAAAGUGCAGAUGAGCCAAUGGAGCGGGCGAGAAAUGCUGCUAUAGAUUAUGAGUAUCAAACUUACGUCAAGGAACUGAGACACUCUAGUAAAAAAUCAGAACGUUUUAAAGAUCUCCACAAUUUUUAUUGCAGUCUAGAAAGAUUAGGAGAGCUUGAGAAAUCUGCUGAAAAGGCUAAUAACAAAGUGAGAUCUCGCGGAAGUUUAAUUGAUUUUGACAAAUGGAAGACUAUCAGAGUUAAAGAGAGGGCGGAGACCGAGAUAAAAUCGUUACAAGCUAAUCUGGAGAAUAUACAAAAGUCAAAGGACGUUUUGUUCAAAACUAAAGAUCCUGCUGAAAUACGAUGGAAAAGAAAUAUGGACCGUGGCCUGAGAAAUCGCGAGUCAUCGGUUGAAGAUUUGAAAAGAAAAUUCCACGCUAUAGGCAAUGAAACAUACCGCAAACCCGAAUUAAACGUUUACAUGCCUCUAUGGAGAGGAUCUUCAGUCCAAGAUGUCGCCAAUUCGUUAAAAUACACGACGUCAUCGAAAAGAGGACGUCCCAUUUCUGAAGAUAGAGAGCGGAGCCGCACAUCUAUACCGACGAGGAAACCGCGUUCCCGUAGUCCCGCCAACAUAGGUUGCCGAAUAUGGAGUAGUUUGUCCAUGGAGCAAUUAAACAGACUAAAAAAACAGCUCAACGAAGUCUAUAGCACUUUAUCGGAUCUUAGGCGGGAUAAGUGUACAAAAUCGGUCGAGAAAGUCGAGAGUAAAAAUGACUAUGAAAUUGAAGUGAGUGGAAGAGUGAAGAGAUCGAAUGCGAGUUCUUCGUUAUACGUGCGGUCUAGUUCUAUGGGGCCGCGUAGGAAAAAAGAAGAACUGGAGCAUUGCAUUAGGAGAGCUGACUCUAUAGGUUCGGUGUGCCUGACCGAAAGUGAAAAGAAAAAAAUUUCAAAAUGUAUUAGUAACGAAGUGUUAGAAAAAAAAAAUAAAAAGCUUUCCACCAACGUGGUAAUACCUAAAGAAACUUUAGGGGCGGUCGCAGCAGUAAAGUGCAAAACUGCCGGUUCAGAAUGCGUUUCGCCGAGGACAUGUUAUUCUAUUGACGUUUCCGAAGAAGAAUCGACGGCGAAACAUUUCGAAAAGAACAAUUACGUUUUAGUGUUAGCCGACAAUGAAGACAAGAAAAAAAUGGUAACCGAUUGGGCGAAUGGCACUAAUAAUUAUAGUGAGUCCAGUUCGUCCGCUUCUACGGUAAUACACCUUGGACCGAAGAAGACGACUCUGCAUUCUUCUCAAAGUUUUACAACAAUGAAAUCAAUGUUUGGCGAAAGAGAAGGAAUGCGAAGGGUACUGUCGCCUUCGCCGGAUCGGUUCAGUCAGAAUUCUAGAUCGGUCGAGUACGGGGCGGUGAGGAAAUUGUGUAGAAGAUUUGAGAGCUUCGACGAUCUUCGAUCUUUUCAAAACGAAUUCACGCCGAAUGCAUUGAAAAAGUAUAAAAGCGAUCCGGAAAUGCACAGGAACGUAAUUAAAUACCACGAAUACGGCGAUGUGCAAAACCUCAAGAGCAAAUACGAACGCUCUAGGAGUCCAGUGCCAAAAUGCCCUCUGCGACCCGACAAUCGACUCAUGCCUCGCAUAAACAUCAUUAGCAAGCUAGCGUGUUUACAGGACAGAUUAGCCAGGGGCGAGGUUGACCGGAUAAGACGUAUGUUCGAGAAUAAGAACCGGGUGUUUAUGCUAGGUCAGUUUUACACUUCUACACCUGACCUAAGGGAGGCCAGGAAGAUGAUACCGUUUUUGGACUGCAGCUGGAUGGCUCACAGAUACCCCGAACCAGAGCCUGCGCCUAGAUCCAGAAUAAGACCAAAAUCAGCUUCUCCAGUUAGGUGCAGUAAGAAAAACCAUCACCAUCCUUCCAUCUUAAAGCAGCCAAAACAAGACGGAUUUCUGAGUCAACCCUACAACCCGGAGGCUCACCGACCGAAAUACCGGUGGACGCCAGUAUGGAACGGCGUGUGGACCCAACAACCCACUCUACCGCCCAAACCGUCAGUCGUCAAAUUUAAAGAUUCGCCACACAAGUAUGCGGAAUCGGAAGUGACGCUACAGUACCGUCGCCCCGUGCGGAACGAGAUCAAAGAAGAAUGGUCCGAAGAAGAAUUGGCCAUGAAGCAGGCGGAGGCCAUGAGGAGGAUCUACCAGGAAGAGAGGAGACGAAAGUACCUGCAAGAGCUCCAGGACAUGUCGAACCGACGACACGCCGACAACUUGCUGCCAUCGCAGAAAUCUCCUAUAGCUCUGAACCGGUAUGACGAUUUCCUGGACGAGAGUCCGCAGCCGCCGAGGAGUCGUACCCCGGAGCCAAAGUUGGUGGCCAGAGCAUUGUAUAAUUUCAUCGGUCAGACGUCCAGAGAGUUGUCGUUCCGGAAAGGUGACAUCAUAUUCGUCCGGAAACAAAUCGACAAGAACUGGUACGAAGGGGAGCACAACGCCAUGGUCGGGUUGUUCCCUUUUAACUAUGUCGAGGUAAUCCCAUAUGACGGAGUGAGAACGACGCCUCACAGACCCUACGAGGGCCAAGCGAGGGCUAAAUUCAAUUUCCUGGCACAAACCAACAUGGAACUAUCAUUAGUUAAAGGAGAAUUGGUCGUGUUGACGAGACGCGUCGACAACAAUUGGUACGAAGGCAGAAUCGGCAGCAGGAAAGGCAUCUUCCCCGUUUCAUACGUCACGGUUUUAGUGGAACCCGGAGACGCUCCUAGUUCAUCGAUGAGCGCGUCGGCCAAACCCGUAGCGUCUCCAGCAUCACACUCCCUCAUCACAAGUAACCCACCGAACACGCAGCACACUUACCAGCCGGAUAGCUAUUCGUCAAUGCCGACGAGGACCUCUGGGACGCAAACCAAAAAACUUGCAAAUAAUAAUAUGAGCGAAACUCUUCAUGUCGAUGUACACUCGGAGCCCAUACCUGGAGACUGGCGCUCGAGUAAUUUUGAACUACCUACUCUAAAGCAACGCUUAAUCACAACCAACCCACACUAAAAAAUGUUUCAAAAAAACUCGUUGAGACUUUACUGUCGUAUGGAGUAAAGUCUCACACCCCUCAAUAUGCACUCACGAAUUUCAAAAUUUUACUUAAUAUUUUCCAAUACCAAUUUCAGAUAAGGCGUAUGAAUAAAAAAUAUAUAAGAAACUAACAAAAUACAAUGUAUACCUAUUAAAAGCGUAUAAGUAAAUAAUAUAAUACAUAAUUAUUGAUAGUUAUUUAAUUAUAACCGGACACUUUAUAUAUUAGGUAUUAAGUAAUACAAUUUAUAAAACUAUUAUUUUUUUUAACAUUUAUAUUUAUUUUUUUAGUUAGAGAGUGUAGAGACUAAGGUUUUUAAGAAUUGUUAUAGAUAACAAUUUAUAUACAUAUAAUACAUAACUCAUAUAAUAUGUAUAUAUUAGAAUUUUUAAUAAUAUUCGAUAUCCUAUUCGCUUUUAUGAGUUGAUUCUUAUGUUAUACUUUAAUAAUAGUGUAUAAAAUUAACGAACGAUAUUCUUCAUGAUGAAGGAAUCAAUGAAAUAUGGGUAGGUACUCUUUACCUCUUAAUCUACUUAAGUAUUCUUGACCCUGGGGAUUCAUUCAUAUUAUAAUAUUUAUAAUAAUAGAAUGUGAAUAGUAUAGCCACGUUCAUACCUCAAAAUAUGCUUAGGCGCCACUGGCUGUUUAACCUUUAAACAAGGUAUAUAUUUAACAUUUUUGCUGUAUUUAUCAAAACAAUACAAGUUACAACAGCUGUUUAAAAAUCUGUCGAUUAUAAGUAGGAACGCGAUCGUAAAUACAUGUAUUUCAGCUUAUAAAAGGUCACACUUAUCGUCAUUAUUAUAAUACAAGUUAACGACUCCAUUCUUCAAACUAGCAAAUCGAUAUUAAUUUUUUGAACGCAUGUGUAACUCUCAUAUCGUAUGCAUUAGCCAUAAUAUUGUACUGAACAGCGUGAUUGCCUGUAAUGGAAAAAGAGUUAUUUACGUCGGAUUUCCGGUCGGGUGUUAAGUUUAUGUCCCCCGUAUGUAUACGUGUGCGGAUCAAAAUUAACAUAAAAAUUCCAACUAUGACAAAUAGACAAAUGUAAUAAAUAAUAAUAAAGUUAAACCAUUAUUAUUGACGUUUGGCAUGAAACGUCUUGACGUGCUCAAUAUCUCGAUGAAAAUAAACGGAUCGUUUUUAACUGAAUCACUAUCCUCGUGAGACUGGGCUUCUUGAACUGUUUUAAAUACACAGACCACAGUUUAAACAUUAUUAUUUAUUAUUAAUCAAACGAAAGUAAUAUUAAGACAGCACGAGGAGCUUUUACGGGGCUCUGGUCUUACUAUGCCGACCACCUAGUUAAUUGUUGUC